AUGGGAAAGGGGAAAAGAAGGAGCAAAACCGCCGCCGCCGCCAUAUAUCAGUCUCUGCCGCCGCAACAUAAAAAAGUUCCCUCGAAAACGGUCGAAAUCUCUGGCGAUUCCGAUGACCACUCCCUACAUAUUCCUCUACCGCCGUCUCCGUCGACUUCCGAUUGCCCCAUUUACAAACAGCUUAUCAAACUAGGGUUUUAUUUGAAGAGAGAAAAAGUUGAUGAUUGUCUUCGCCAACUAGGGGAUUCGAUAAAUGGCUUGAAUGACCUCGAAAAGGCUGACAUCUGUUACCGGAAGUUUCUGUUUACCGAUCUCAACUCUUGUGGUAGCGGUUUCAAUUUAUUAAUAUCUGCAAUUUACUGUUUCAAUUCUGUUGAUGUAUUGGGAGGAGGAUUAGUUGAUGAUGACAACACUCAUACUGUCCAAGCUCCUCCUGUGUCCAUGCCCUACUCAUGUAGUUUUGACACUCAUAUCCAAGCAAGCAAUGGUUUUGCUGGUAACUUACGGAAUACAAAAGCUAAUAAGGAUGGAGUACCUCCUAUGUCCAGGCCCUACAAAUUACCUGAUUUUCCCGUAACAGAAGGCUACAGCAAAACAAGUGGACUGGUUGGAGCAGAUAAAGCUGGGUAUUUGUUGGUUGAUCUUUUAAAGGAAAAUAAUGUUGAUACAUCUGGCAUGCGGGUUGAUUUUGAUUAUAAUGUCAGCACCAAAUUGGCUUAUGUUUCACUUAGAGCUGAUGACGACGUGCGCGAGUGGUCGUUUUCCAGUACUCCUGUUGCUGCUAAUAUGCUUCUGUAUGAGUCAGAGCUUGAUCGUAAACUCAUCAAGAAGGCUAAAAUAUUCCAUUAUGGUUCCAUCGGUUUGAUUUAUGAGCAAUGCAAGACGUCUUUUCUUGCUGCCUUGAGAUUUGCUAAAACCUGUGAUUGCAUUCUCUCGUAUGAUCCGAAAUUGAAAUUGGCACUAUGGCCAUCAGCCGAGGUUGCUCGAGAGGGUAUAAUGAGCAUAUGGAAUCUAGCCGAUGUCAUAAAGAUCAGCAAAGAUGAGAUCACUCAUUUGAUUGAUGCUGGUGAUCCUUGUGAUGAUGAUGAUGUAAUAAAAAAGCUUUUUCACCCUACUCUCAAGCUUCUAAUUGUUACCGGUGGGUCGGAGGGUUGUAGAUAUUACACCAACGAUUUUAAGGGCAAAGUUAGAGGUUUAAAUGUUGAACCUGUUGACACAACUGGUGCUGGUGAUGCAUUUGUUAGUGGGAUUCUCUACUACAUAGCUUCUGACCCAAGUAUUUUCAAGGAUGAGAAACGUCUCCGGAAGGCGUUAUAUUUCGCCAGUGUAUGUGGCGCGAUCAUGGUGACCCAGAGAGGGGCAAUUUCUGCAUUACCUACAAAAGAUGAUGUCCUGCAAUCUGUGUUGUCAAUAGCGGCCGAACACGGCGCGAAGCGGCCAAAAACAACAAAGCGCGACGCAGCGCUCCAACACGGAGCAUUUGGAGAAAGCGUAUGAAGCGGGCGCAAUUGCAGGCAAAAGCGGGCGUGAUGCGGGUCAAAGCGGGCGCUUUUGACAACCCUGUGUAAAAUACUAGAUUUCCCUUCAUUUAAAACCGUUUUAAGGGUCAUUUUUGUAAUUUUCAAAACCCUAACUAUUACUCUUCUCCACCAGAGCCAAAUACACAGCCACAAACUCAACUUCUUCAUCGUACCAAC